AUGGAGCAGAUGCUUGUCGCUAGCAACUUCUGGAUCGCACCGGUUGACCCCCCACGAUACGUUACUGAUAAUCCUCUUUCCACGCUCGACUCUGAAGAUCAGAUGGCCUCCCCCUCUCGAGCAUCGGACCCGGAGGACUCAGGCUUCGAUUCUGCUCAGCCAUUUCGUGGAGUUGUGGCAGAGAUCGCUCAGAAGGCUGCGGAGCUAGGCGGCAUUCACAAGUAUGACCUCACCCCGGACGUGACGCACCUGAUCGUUGGCGAGUACGACACUCCGAAAUACCGCCAUGUCGCCAAGGAACGACCCGACAUCAAGCCCAUGGCUGCCGGCUGGAUCGACGCCGUCCGCAGCCUCUUCACCAUGGCGGAGCCCAUCAACUUCAAGGCGCUCGAGAGGGAAUGGCGAUUGAAAACGUUUGAGACCGAUGGCGGCAACGGACGCGGCCGUGGCAGGCUGCUCCUCUGCCUGACUGGCUUUGAUGAUGGUAGGCUCUACACAAAGCAAAUCAGCACGGCGGCGAGCACACCCGACGAAAGACAGUCCAUAACAAACAUCAUCACUUCCAAUGGGGGUUCCUACACGGGUGACCUGACCAAACAUGUCACCCACCUCGUAGUACACCAGCCGCGGGGCCGGAAGUACGCAGCGGCGAAAGACUGGCGAAUACGUACCGUCUCGAUCGAGUGGGUUCGGGACAGCGUCGAGCGCGGCAUGAUCCUCGACGAGUCGCUAUAUGACCCGCUGCUACCGCCCGAGGAGCGAGGCCUAAAUGCUUGGAACAGAAACGCGCCUGCAAGGCGGUCUGCGGCCGGAAGCAAACGGACCCGCGACGCAUCGUUUGUGGCCAAGGAGGGCGGUGCGCCGGACGACCGCAAGACGAAGCUGCGCAGGACCGCCAGCUUGAAGCUUAGCAACCAGAGAGACGGCCUGUGGGGUGACAUUCUUGGAAAGCCGGCGCAGUCAAAACCGUCGCCCAUGUCCGCUGCUGCUCUUGCACAGGAGCAGGAAGCGUCUGUUGUACCUGCUGGGCUGCUGGUUGAAGGCAACAACAGCUCCUUCGGAGCCUCACUUGCUGCACCCGAUGCAAAGCCGACGCCGGCUCCGGCAUCGUUCGAGAUCCCCAAGGAGCGACCGGUAUUUGACUCGUGCUGUUGCUAUGUUCACGGCUUUUCGCGGCGGCAGACCGAGAUUUUGGUGAAUACGCUCGUCUCCCUCGGUGGACACGUCUGCUCUAGCUUGGAGGAUCUCAGCUUGGAGAAGGGAUCGCAUUACUCGCACCGUAUACUCAUUGUUCCACAAGAGUCACAGCCAGAAAGUCAUCCGAGGCUACCAUCUGGCGCCUCAAUAGUCACCGAGUUCUUCAUUGAGAAGUGUCUACACAAGAAGCAUUUCUUUGAUCCAAACCAUCACGUCAUAGGUCGACCGUUCCCGCGCUUCCCAAUCCAGGGCUUCGAGAGCCUUGGAGUUGCUACCUCGGGCUUCACAGGUGUGGACCUAAACCAAAUAGACAAGACGAUUCGUCAACUCGGUGCGCGCUACGAUGAGCGGUUCACCGCAAACACCUCGAUGCUUCUCUGCACGUCGCUCGAAGCGGUCCGUAAGCAGAAGUUGGAUUUGGCGCUGGCAUGGAAAGUCCCGGUUGUUCAGGCCGAAUGGCUUUGGACCUGCAUAUCGACAGGCUACAAGGUCCCGUUUCGGGACUUUAUGUUCAAACAGCUUAACCAGAGCAUCACACCACCGAGAACGCUCUCUGCAAACACCGGUUUGACCAAGUCCCGGUCCGCACCAUCCGAUAAGGAGGAGGAGGAGGAGGAGGAGGAGUCCUUGCGCAGAACAAAAUCAGCUUCUGCAUCUCGUCCUUCAACUACGGAAUCUGCCUCGGCACAGGCUCCCAUGCUCCCUGCAGCACCCGAAAGUGCAAGCGGUGCGAAGUCGACGGUACCUAUACAAGCCGAGGCUACCGAGUCUGCCGAGAAAACCGGCGAACAGGAGACGGGGCCUGCAUCAGACGAAUCUGGGCAUUCCAAAGAAUCCAAGGAUGCCGGUGGAACAAGAGACAGAAGUCGAGACCCAUCAGAGCCACUGGCAGCCAAACCAGCCAGUGCGCUCAACAAAACACCCCCGGAGCAGCAGAUUGAUGGAGAAGUAACCUCUGCCGCAGGGGAAGAACAACCACAGCCGAACAACAAGCCCGCAGCGCAGCGGAAGCUUGCAAGAAUAGCAAGCGAGGUUGCCGACUCGGACGCCGACGAUUCAGAGGAGGAUGCUCUGGCCGUGGCCGCAAGGGAAGCGUCAGCCCGUAGAGCCCGCGAGAAGAAGCUAAAGGACGAAGCCAGCCGCCUGGCCCUGUGCUCCAAGCUGUCGUCUCUCAUUGACGGUAAAACGACGGCACCCGGAUCUGCAGACGAGCAGGACGCAUCUGGCGGGCAGUCAGCAGUAGCGGGAGCGGCACCACAGCCGGCCCGCCGUAAACGCAAGAUCAUGGGCCGCGCGGUCUCCAACGUCUCGGCUGCCUCCAACGGCAGCGGUGGCUGCAGCGCAGACACUGCCUCUGCUUCCGGGGACAAGAAUUUGGUGACGGGCGCAGACGACAACAAAACCAAAGAGAACGCACCUCCGCCAGCCACUCAGCUGGUGUAUGAUGCGCCACACGCAGACUACUUCAUGGCGCAGUUGAGGGCCGGCGUGGCCGAUGGCAGUAAAGGGCCGCCCAAGGAUGACGGUGGAGUGGAGAAACUCACCCUAAAGGAUUUGCAGCAGCCGCAGCAACAGCAAUACGGUACUAGUGCGGCCGGCAGGAGGACGAGGAGACGAUGA